AUGCUGCAGGGCUGCGUGGGCGGGGCCGGCGUGGCCGUGGCCGUGGGGCUGUCCCUGCUGCUGGCGGCGGCGGCCGGCGGGGCGGCCUGCGUCUGGCGCUGGAGGCACCGGGGCCGGCCGUCCCUGGCGCUGCCCGGCUUCCUGCGGCGGCAGCACCGGCGGGGGGACUACUCUCAGACGCUCUCCGCGGGCCGCCCCGGCGGCGGCGCCAAGGCUCCCGGCCCGCACCCCCAGGACCCCCAGGACCCCCAGGACCACUACGAGAACCUGCCUGCGGGCGGCCGUGGGCCAGGGCUGUACGAGAACGCGGGCCGGGCCGCCUGCGAGGAGCACGUCUACGGGAACCAGGCCUCGGGCGACUAUUACAACUUCCACGCGCCCGGCACACCUGCCAGCCCGCAGGACGAGGACAUCUACAUCCUCCCCGACGCGUACUGA